GACGCUGUCACAGAAAGCCCCAGGUGCUGCUCAGGGCGCUAAGAAAGCAUAGCAUUCUAAAAGAGAAAGCUAGUAGACACUUUUAAAUAUAUUAGAAGUUUAAGAAGUAGACAGGGCACAGACAACCUCAAUUUGACAAAGCAAAGACGUAUUAAAGGGACCCAGAAAACAGACCGUCGGGAGGAUUCCAGGCAGGGAGUGUGCGUGUGUGUGUUCGUGUGUGUGUGUGCGCGUGUGUGUGUGCGUGUGUGUGUGUGUGUGUGUGUGUGUGUGUGUGUGUCUACGAUGGAGGAGGAAUCCCUGAGCUAUGAAGAGGCCAUAAAUAGGGCAUCUGGGUCCAUCUAUCGAUUCCCCCUGGUCGAGGUGCAUGGUGUACCCCUCAUGACCCCCAUUGCCCAGGACUGGAGCUCCAUCUGGGCCUUCUCCCCGGAUGCAUCUGACCUACUCAUUGCUACCUACCCCAAAGCAGGCACCACAUGGACCCAAGAAAUAGUGGACCUGCUCCUGCAUGAUGGUGAUGCUGAGGUGUGUAAGAGAGCUCCUACUGCUAUACGAAUCCCAUUUCUGGAGAUCCAGUCUCCUGCACCUAUCCCAUCAGGGCUUGACCUACUUAAGUCGAUGAAACCUCCUAGAGUUAUCAAGACACACUUACCCAUACAGCUGGUGCCAGAGGGGUUCUGGGAAAAUAAAUGCAAGGUUAUUUAUGUGGCUCGAAAUGCAAAGGACAACCUGGUCAGCUACUACCACUUUGACCGCAUGAACCAGAGUCAGCCGGAGCCUGGGCCCUGGGAGGAAUACAUCCAAAAGUUCAUGAAAGGAAACUUGGGAUGGGGCUCCUGGUAUGACCACGUGAAAGGUUACUGGAAGGAAAGAGAGAAGCGGAACAUCCUUUACCUGUUCUUCGAGGACAUGAAAGAGGACCCUCGGCGGGAGGUGGUGCGGAUCAUGCGCUAUCUGGACCUGUCGCUAGCUGAUAAUGUCAUUGACAAGAUUGUGCAGUUGACAUCCUUCAAAGUCAUGAAGGAUAAUCCCAUGGCCAAUUACACGUUUAUCCCAAAAGCAGUGUUUGACCAUUCCAUUUCUGCUUUCAUGAGAAAAGGAGAGGUCGGCGAUUGGUCCAAUCAUUUCACACCAGCUCAAUCCCAAAUGUUUGAUGAGGACUAUGCCAAGCAAAUGGCAAAUGUCGACAUUCCUUUUCGAACCAGCAUAUAAUAUAAAUAUUCACUUAAUGAAAAACCAAACAUUUACUUGGCUAACCACAGGCUAUAUCUGAGUUGAAUAUCCAAGUGUGAUUACACUAAGGAGAGCUAACAAUGUUAUGUUUAAUCAAGAUUCAAUGAUUAAAUAAGGCUGAAAAAAUGAUCAGAUUCAGAGAUGAUCAGAGAAUGUAUUUUAGUGCACUGCAAGCUCUCCUCAAAGGUGUUGGGGGAGCUUGCAGUGUUUAUUUUAAUGAAUGAUUUAUGCUCAGUGAUUUGCAGAAUUUAUGACCAAUAGUUAGUUCAUAGUUAAUUAAUAACAUUAUUGUUAGCAUUAGCUGUAUUAUAUCUCAAUAAUUGUUAUUCAAGUUAUGAGAACUGAUGAUCAGUGAAGAGUGUGAAGAGGCCUCAGUUUGAAUGAAUUCUUAUACCCUGUAUUACAUUUUUUGUUCAUUAAUGUUUAUACUUGAUUCUCUAAUUUAGUUUAACUAUGUCUGAAUGCAAAGUUUCCUUGUUCUGUGCCAUGGUACAAUGUGUACCAUUGAGAAGACUGAUGUUUUUCUUGUGCUUUUAUUGUAGUCUUGGCUUGUUAUCUUGUUACCUCACCAUGACUAGUGAAGGUUAAGACACCAUGAAUUUAAACAAAGAUUUCCAGAAACCUAUGAACUGUAACAAUGGUUAAAAUGGAAAUGGAAGUGCAGAUUAUUGUGAGAUAAAAACAUAGAGAGGCUGCUUUCCAAGUAGAUAAAAAAAGACCCUAAAUGACUAUCAACAUGAAGAGUGGAGGAAAGUGGAGAACAGUGGAGGAAAGUGGAGAGCAGUGGAGGAAAGUGGAGGAAAGUGGA